CUCACUGCACCAGGGCUAAGGGACUCCUCGUCCCCUCGCUGCAGAUUUAACUCAUUUCCAUCAGCGUCAUUUUUCUUUGCUUUAUUUUUAUUGCACAUGCUGCUUUGGACUGAUACGUUGCAUUCACUGCUUGCUGUGUGCCAAGAUACGAGGAUUAAUGCAUUGAAGACAUGGAUUGUCCUUUUCAUCUGAGGUAAAACAUGGCUUUUUGCAGAGGACAGUGCUUAAAAACUGGGACUCCGACCGGGACUUGGUCUUUUUAUUCGCGCCGCUUGAGUGGAUUCUCCUUUUGUUUGCACUUUUAGUCUUUGUUCAAAGCGACAGAUAUGCUGAGAGAAGACUUGACGGCAUGGCUAUGGGAUCUCGUACACUGACAACUUGAAUGCACUAUUGAAAGGACCCGAUUGAUGAUGUGAGGUGAGGUAUGAAGCCAUGCCGACGACUGCUCUGGAAUGUCACAACGAGUGAACGGCUAUUUUAUUCACAGACCCCUGUCUGAACGCGUUUGCCACAGGACUGCCGAGGAGUCGAAGUGAGUGGAGCACUGAGUUAAUCAGCUGGCCUCACGUUGCUCCUGGAGAGUCCUUUCACCUCCCCGCAUCUCAGUGGGAUCAUCACUUCCAUCGUCUGCCGCCUAUUCCCUUUUGUCUACCUCUACGGAAACUGGACGAGGGAACACUUUUGAGUUUAAUCUUCAAAUCCCCGUAUCAGGACAACUUGCUCGGACAUUUUACGCCUUCUUUCUUUUUUUUUUUAACCAAAUUUUUCCCAGGAAAGCGUCGUAAACACAUUUUACCCCCACCGCCAUGUGUGCUGAGAGAGAUGUGACAUUAUCUCCUGCGGAGAUCCCCAUGUUGUUCUAGCCCGUGUCUGUGUUUUGAUUCAGACAAUAGCUGAGCAUACACGGGUUCCAGACACCGACCAGAGGACCACCAAAAUAAUGGAAGCCCGCUCCGCAGUAAACACAUGGCAAAGUGAAACUUUGAAUUGUGCUAAAAGGACGAUUCUUAAAAACUGCAUGUUAUUACAGACCUAGAGAGACUGCUCAUCGUUUGGCUAAAGUCUGCUUUGGAGGCUGGAAAAAUCAUCUUUUCUGUGUGGUUGGACUCGGAACCAUAUACUAUUAAUGCAUUGUUUGGUUUUCUUCUUCACGUCAUCUUUGCUCUCUGCCCUUGUGAGGACGUCUUACAUCUCCCCCCUCCCUUAAAACCACGCGAUGAGGCAGAGCAACAGGGAACCUCUUCUUUGGAGUAAACCCUGAUGUUACACCCCUAUAGUUUGACUGAAGGAGUAACACUUAAAUAAAUAAAUAAAUCAUUUAUUUAUUCAUCCGCUCCUGAAUUAUUCUCCCUCUAUUUUCACUAACCAUGUGCGGUUGGAAAGGUGGGCUAAACAGGUUGUCCUGCCCUCCCGGAGGCGGUAUCGAUUUCCCUGCAGUCAGUGUUGAUUUGACUCAGCUAUGUGAGAGUAAGGUGAGUGAAGGCACGAGCCUCGGGAACUGAGAGAGGCUGCCGAUGCCUACUGGAGAACCGGACGGAGGUUCUUCGUUUUAGACCGGCUUCCCAAUGGGCGGGACACCCCAGAACUGGCUCACCUGGUCAGCGCCGACAACAAUGAACCAGUCCGAAGUGACGACGGACCUGAUGAUCGCCGCCAACGGCAGCCACGAGGACUUCCUGGCCGGCAGGGCCUCCAACCACUCGUGCCCCCUGGGCUGGGGGCUGAAGGAGGGCCUGGAAGCGUGCGUCCUGGAGACGGCCGUCAUCGUGCUUCUGACCGUGUUGAUUAUCGCGGGAAACCUGACAGUGAUCUUUGUUUUCCACUGCGCCCCCCUGCUGCACCACUACACCACCAGCUACUUCAUCCAGACCAUGGCCUACGCCGACCUACUGGUGGGUCUCAGCUGCCUGGUCCCCACCUUGUCUCUGCUCCACUACCCGGCCCGCGUUCAGGAGCCCAUCACGUGCCAGGUUUUCAGCUACGUCAUCUCUGUCCUGAAGAGCGUUUCAAUGACUUGCUUAGCCUGCAUCAGCGUGGAUCGCUACCUGGCAAUCACCAAGCCGCUGUCGUACAACCAGCUGGUGACGCCGUGCCGCCUGAGAGGCUGCAUCACCCUCAUCUGGCUCUACUCCAGCAUGGUUUUUUUGCCCUCCUUCUUCGGUUGGGGAAAGCCAGGCUACCACGGGGAUAUAUUUGAGUGGUGCGCCCAGUCCUGGCCCACCUCUGCCCUCUUCACAGGCUUCGUGGUGUGUUUGCUGUACGCACCUGCCGCCCUCGUGGUCUGCUACACGUAUUAUCACAUCUUUCGCAUUUGCCAGCAGCACAACAGGGAGAUCAGCGAGCGGCGGGCUCGCUUCCCCAGCCAGGAGGUGGAGGGCGGCGAGGGCAACGGCGCCGGGAACCAGGGAGGGCACGGACCAGACCGGCGUUACGCAAUGGUGCUGUUUCGCAUCACCAGCGUAUUCUACAUGCUCUGGCUGCCCUACAUCAUCUACUUUCUCCUAGAAAGCUCCAACGUGCUGACGAGUCCGGCCCUGUCCUUCAUCACCACCUGGCUAGCCAUCAGCAACAGCUUCUGUAACUGUGUCAUCUACAGCCUGUCCAAUAGCGUGUUUCGCCUCGGCAUGCGCAGGCUGUCGCAAACUAUGUGCUCCUUCAGCCACUGCGCUGCCAAUGACGGGGACUUCGGAGAGCCUAAACCAAGAAAGAGGGCGAACUCGUGCUCCAUUUGAAGGAAUUACCUGUGCAGAAUGAGGACACUGCUGGAUUUCUGAAAAUGGAAAAAAAAAAAAAAGCUUACCGGCUUGUUAAUUUGCAGCUUAUCAGGCCGUGCUGAAAAUAUCUUCUGAUGUGUCAACCUUCUGGUGACACUUGUGUAACGUUUCCUUGACAAACAAACAGAAAACGGUUUAUUAAUCUGCAGGUUUUCAAGGGGAAACGUUGUCGGGGCUGAAAUGAGGACAUUGUGACGGUGUUCUGCAGGAGCACAAAGGUUUUCAUGACCUUUACAUUCCAGGAUACGCCAAAAUCGGGCCUAGCAGGGAAGACAAAACAUUAUAAAAGAUUGACAAAACAUUUAUUUGGAUGUCAAAUGUGACUAUACUUUUUCAUGCUUGUUACAUUUUAAUUUUUUUGUUUUGAAUUUAAUUAGCCUGUCGCUGGAUGUCUUCAUGCUUUCUGUCCUUUAAGCUACAAUGUAAUGUGCAUUAAUUGUGCUCACAAACCUGUUGUGUGAGUGUGUACUACGUGCACGUGCACACAGUGACCAGGCCAACAACCACUGAUAAAUGCAGUGUGCAGUAUAUGGCUACGACUGUUUUCUUGAGGAAAGGGAGCGGUUUUUCUACAUUAAUUUAAUUUAUUCAUUUUUGGGGGGGAAUUUGAUGAGGUUGCCGAGCACAGACUUCAGUGCUUCUUGAAGUUUGAACGAAGCGUGCAGCAUCUGUAAAAAAAAACUACACUCAAUGUUAAUGUAAUUCUGUGUAGACAGUUGCACUAAAAAAAAAAAAAAAAAAAGAGGAAAAAAAAGGCAGUACAUUGCGACAUUUGACCAAGGACUGUUUCACAAUCUAAAUAUCUUGGUACUUUGAAUACAUUUUUAGAUGAAAAUUGCCAAAAUAGCCACUAAAUGAUAAUUAAUUAGGAGUAACAUGGUUAUUAUUCCAUAUUGCACAAAAGCUCCAUUUUUAUAUUUAUUUUCAGUUAUUACUAGUUUACAUAUCAGCUGAAUAUGUUUUUUUUUAACAGCUAACUGAUUCACUCCAUCUGAAAAGCACCUUAUUUCUAAACUCCAGACCAAGAGUUGAGUGGGUUUGACACCGAGGCCUCUCUGUUAAAGGCAGUCGGGUUUCUUCCUCUUAUUUCUCUCCCCAAUCUCCACCUUUAAACAUAUAAAAUAGCCCAUUUUAACUUUCCUUUUUAUAUGCAGGGCCACGAUUACUAGUCUGAGCAUAUAACCAGCUAAAUAAAUACCUAAUUUCUAAUUAUGAAUUGGUCAAAUCUCAACAGAUGUGUAAAUAUUAAAGCUUAUCAGACCUCAUCUUGUCUUGGUUUGUCGAAGAAUUGGUUGUAACAAAGCUUUUAUACCCUUUCCUUUGUUCUUUAGGUCUACAAGUUCUUUUGAUGAUAAAUAUGUCAGAUUACUGCUCUCAAACUACUAGUACAUAAGGAAAAAAUACUUGUUAAAUUUUGUGAGAGAAAAUCAGGUAAAAUUAAUAGUGGAUGUUUGCUCUAUUUCUCAUCGGCUCAAUUCGUCAUUUGUGCCAAGCAGCAGCUAAUAGUGGCGUCUCGGGCAAAGUUUGUGUUAAAAUUAGAGCCCUUAAUGGAUUGUUUGUGGAGAUUUUCUUCGAAGUGGGUCAUUACCUUUACUCUGCGAGCGGAUUGCAGUUGUUUUCUUUUACUAUAGCCUCUCAGCUCGGAGACUGUCUAUGGACAAUUAUAGGCUUUUGUCACGUAAGCGCAGAUGAUGAUAAAUGUUGUUAAAGCAAGCUAAAGGCUGGUUGGGAUUGUCACGGUGGUAUAUUCAUUCUGGUCGGUUUAGUUUGAAUGAUACACGUCUCCCAGUUGGCAUUGGUUGAAGGUUAAUUGGUUUCUGUAUUAAAACAGCUGUAAUGUAAGGAUUUUUCCCCUUUUCUGUCCUGACACUCUGGUGUAUCUUUGGUCAUUUAUGGUUCAUGUUUUAAAUCCAAUGUAUCUUUUUCUGUUCAAGAAACAAAGUGGGAAAGCAAACCUUGUCCACUGAUAUCGUUAAACGUUCAUUCCUUAUUCUAUGCUGCUUGACUGUGUCUUUAUUCUUUGUUUUAAAGCUGCAUAUUUUUUCUUUUGGUUUGGGUAUUUUUUUGGUUGUUUUUUUUUAUAAAGCUCUGGACAAGAACUUUGUCUUUGCUUUUAUUUUCUGACCUUCAGUUUCUCACAUGUGCAUAUCCAGUUAAAACAGAACAAUGUGAACAUUCAAUCAAGUUUUUGCCACCGGGGGAAUGUAUGUGUGAUAUAUGUUGGUUUUUCGGGCUGUUAUUUGUUUUAAGCUAUGAUUUGUUAAACAAGCAUCUCUCACAGAAAAACAUUUUUGUCUUUUCGACUCAUCAACACAUUUCCUUCAUCAGCCAGCUGUUACCGCAGCAGUUUGGGAUGAGCACGUCUGGUCCUGGGAGGGCUCAUAGUUUGUAUUGCUGGCUUUUGAAUUUUUAUUUACUUAAUUAAGUGAAAAGUACCUAAAUUGAAAACUAAUGCACUUAAUUUAUUUAAUAAGUAAAGUCAAUUCUUUACAAGUCUUUGAAUGGUUCUCACAGGUUUCAUAACAAAAUGAAUGAGAUCAGUGAAAUCUGCAGUUCUGAAAGCUCCACCGGUGGAUGUUGUCAUCAGCUUUCAUAAUUAUUACAUUUAAUCAAAAGUUGAUUAUUUAUUUUUUGGGGGCUGUAUAAAUAAAGUUUCUUUAUGCAGCUUUUUUUGCAUUGCAAUUUGCUCUGUAUUUGUGCCUAAAGAUGUGUUUUUGUAGUACUGGAAGAUAUGAGAAGGCUUUGCUUUUAAUGACAUUUUCCAUCUUGAUAAACAUGCCUUGUGAUUUGAUACAGAUUUAAGGAUAACUGGAUUCUGUUUUCUGAGGCUUCGUGACACAUUCAGCCAUCUCCACUAGAACAGAGAGUAAAAACAUUCGGCGAUCGGUCUGACUGCUGCCGUCGUGGUGGCGCACGUCGUCUCACGUCUGCAUCUUUGUGAUGACAGGCCGAGGCGGAUUUGACCAAGCCUUGCAAAGUCGCUUCUGCUGAAUUACCUGACCUAUAUGAGUAAUAGCAAAGGAGAAGUGCUGCAACACGUGUCAUAGACUUAUAAGGGUCUUUUAUUUUUUUAUAUUAAAGGUUUAUGUGUUUGGAGCUCCUCUGGAUCAUAGUGAAGUGGGUUUGUAGGAGAACUUUCUAGGAUCUGUGCUGAUCUGUCUUGUAUAAUCUUCACAGUGUGGUAACAACAUACAGUAUAACACAGAAGGAGUAACUUAGUAAUAACUUAAUCUAAGAUAGCUUAUUUGUUAUAAUGUAAAUGUUCAAAAUUUACUAUUUUUUGUUAUAAGCCUGCAGAUUACAGCUAUCUGUCUAUGGUUAUUGAACAAUUAUUUUGGUAGCGUUUUUAUAUUUUACUUUUUUGUUGCAGGUUAUCUAAAGUGCAUGUCUUGGCAUCGGUUUCAAAUACCCAGUUACUAAUUAAUACGUUUCAAUAAUGAAUUGUUAUUGUCUGUAUUGCACUGGCCAAGCUGACGUGGUUAAAAAAAAAAAAAAUCAAACUACAACUGGUUUCAUUUUUACUUUUGAGUGAAUUAAUAAAACCUUUCACUUGAGAGUAUAAUUAGUACAUAUUGGAUUUUUAUUUAUUAUGUUGUGUAUGAACCAUUACACAAUAUACUAUAUAUGAGAAAAAAAUGUAGCCAAUGUGUAACUGUUCUUAAUCUACUGUAAACACCCCUUAAAAAUAAAAAGGACAAAAAAACACAAAUUUCACAUGUUGUUCACCCAUUUCUGUUAAAUCAGCCACUGUAGGCUGCUGAUGUUCCUAGUAGAACGUGGGUGUAUCAAGUACACUAUCUAUUUUGUUUUAAAUUUUGUCAAAGACUAUGGUUUUGCUGUUGCUGC